CGUAUACGUACGUGCAACUGAGGUCUCUGCAUUGCAAUUAAGUGCAGAAGUAGUACGAUGAUGAUGACUAGUAACCUCUUAGCUAACCUAGCUACUUGUCCCAAUCUAUAAGUGCCUCCUAGUCAUCCCUUCAGAUCACAAACCCCAAACUUUCAUCUUACAAACCUCCUCUGCUUCUUCUUCUCCAUCUUCAAACUUUAGCCUUUUCUUUUUCUUUCCAACAUGAACAUGGAAGAGAAAGUUACCAUGGACCUCAUUAAUCAGCCAUCUGAGCACCUUUGCUAUGUUCGGUGCAACUUCUGCAACACUGUUCUUGCGGUUGGGAUUCCAUGCAAACGGUUGAUGGACACAGUAACAGUGAAAUGUGGUCAUUGCAGUAACCUCUCCUUUCUCAGCACCAGACCUCCACUCCAAGGUCAAUGCCUUCCUGAUCACCCCACCUCCUUGACUCUUCAGCAGGCGGGCUGUUGCAAUGACUUCAAGAAGGACCAAUCCUCCACAUCAUCGUCACCGGUAUCAAGCGACCCACCAUCCCCCAAAGCACCUUUUGUUGUGAAACCACCGGAGAAGAAACACAGACUUCCAUCUGCCUACAAUCGAUUCAUGAAAGAUGAGAUCCAGCGAAUCAAAGCAGCAAACCCAGAGAUUCCACAUCGUGAAGCUUUUAGUGCUGCAGCAAAAAAUUGGGCUAGGUACAUUCCCUGUCAAUCGUCAGCUGCAGGAUCAGGUUCUGGGAGCUAUUAACAACAACAUUUUGCAGGCAUGAACAUCCUAGCUACGUGCUGCCAAAACCUAAAACGCCAUGAUUACAUGGAGAUCUUAAUUAAUCAUCCGCAGCUGCUUCCUAGCUACUACUUCAUCAUUCAUUAGCAAUUCAGCGUGCAUGUAAUUGAUUAAGUACUCGUUUAAUUCGUGUUUAGAACUUUGACGCUCCGUACUUUUUGUUUCUUCGAUAAUGAACUUAACUUCCGUACUAA